UUAUGAAAACGUUUUCCGUUUCGGUUUCAUUUCGUCUAUUCAAUCGUUUCUUUCCUUAACAGGUUAUGCGUUUAGACAGAGUAAGGUACGACCAGUCGUCCGAGAGCGGCGAAUCCAACCUCGAGACGCUCGUAGCUAGCUGCCCUGUUCUCGAGAAGCUGACCGUAAUCAGGGAUCGCUUUGAGCUUCUUGAGAUCAUGCGUGUGCGGUCCGCGUCUUUGAAAAGUUUCGUUCUAGGGAUUGAGGAUUACGAAGUUGGUCUGUUGGGAGAGGAUCAUGUUGUGGAGAUAGAUGCUCCGAGGCUUGAGCUUAUGAGUCUCUGUGAUCAGUUAUCUCGAAUCGUCGUUAUUCACAGUAUUGCUCCAUGUGCGGUGGUGAAAAUCGAUGUUAACUUUGAUGGGAAGGACGGUUAUGCAUUACUGUACCAAGAUGAUGAUGAUGAUGAUGAUGAUGAUGGUGAUGAUGAUGAUGAUGAUGAUGAUGAUUCCAAGAGGACUAUGAUCCGUAAUUUCCUCACCAGUAUAUCCACAGUCUGCGGCAUGGAGAUCUCUUCUGUUACUCUACAGGUCAUUCAUAAUUACUCAAAAGUGGAACCGUUGCCUCAGUUCUUUGACUUGUCUUGGUUAAAAGUUUAUUUCCUUGAGUCGUUUUGGGAAUUGCUGCCAACCUUUCUUUGUUGCUGCCCGAGUCUACACACACUCGUCCUGGAAUUUGAGUUUGAUAAAGAGGGAUGCCCAAUGAAACUCUCCUCUGUGCCGCAGUGUUUCGUAUCAUCUCUCAAGUAUGUUGAGCUUGUGACACAAGGCACAACAAAAACAUCAAGCCAGAUGAAAUUAGCUAUAUUCUUUCUGAGGAACUGCGCUGUCCUGAAGAAACUGACUUUAAGCGGGAGUUUCGGUGACGACAUCAUUAAGAAAAUCAAAAAGAUUCCAAGAAGGUCUAAAAGGUGCGUCAUUGUCACUGGUUGAGCCACAACUUAUAUAACCCUAGACAAGAUGAAGAAUGAAUCUAACUUAUAGUAGUAGUAGUAAUCCAAUGUAAGACUAUUUUAGCUUCUUUUUUUGCGUCAUUGUCAAGUUUCCUAGGUUCGACCUAGAUGUUAUCAAGCUAAUUUGCCUUCUUUUAAGAGUUUUAUACUCUCAAUCAGACUCUAUUAAUCUUGAA